AUGGCUCAGCACCCUAAGAUUGGUGUCACACGGUGUUGUGAAUGUGGGAAAGCUUUUACCCGCAAUAGUUCCCUUCUUACACACAAGAGAGUUCAUACAGGAGAAAAACCUUAUGAAUGUAGUGAAUGUGGGAAGACUUUUAGGCAAAAUAGUCACCUCCUUAUCCACAGGAGAGUUCACACUGGAGAAAAACCUUAUGAAUGUGGUGAAUGUGGGAAGUCUUUUAGGGAUAAUAGUCAUCUCCUUAUCCACAAGAGAGUUCACACUGGAGAAAAACCUUAUGAAUGUAGUGAAUGUGGGAAGACUUUUAGGCAAAAUAGUCACCUACUUAUCCACAGGACAGUUCACACUGGAGAAAAACCUUAUGAAUGUGGUGAAUGUGGGAAGUCUUUUAGGGAUAACAGUAAGCUCCUUAUCCACAAGAGUGUUCACACUGGAGGAAAGCCUCAUGUGUGUAGUGAAUGUGGGAAAGCUUUUAACUCCAAUUAUUAUCUUGUUAUCCACAAGAGAGUUCACACUGGAGAAAAACCUUAUGAAUGUGGUGAAUGUGGAAAGUCUUUUAGGGUUAGUAGCCUGCUGCUUAUCCACAAAAGAGUUCACUCUGGAGAAAAACCUUAUGAAUGUAAUGAAUGCGGAAAGUCUUUUAGGCAAAAUAGUCACCUUCUUAUCCACAAGAUAGUUCACGCUGGAGAGAAACCUUAUUUAUGUGGUGAAUGUGGGAAGUCUUUUAGGGAUAAUACGCAGCUCUUUAUCCACAAGAGAGUUCACACUGGAGAAAAACCUUAUGUGUGUCGUGAAUGUGGGAAGUCUUUUAGACUAAAUACUCAGCUCCUUAUCCACAAGAGAGUUCACACUGGAGAAAAACGUUAUGAAUGUAGUGAAUGUGGGAAGUCUUUUAGGCAAAACAGUCACCUCCUUAUCCACAGGAGAGUUCACACUGGAGAAAAACCUUAUGAAUGUGGUGAAUGUGGGAAGUCUUUUCGGGAUAAUAGUCAUCUCCUUAUCCACAAGAGAGUUCACACUGGAGAAAAGCCUCAUGUGUGUAGUGAAUGUGGGAAAGCUUUUAACUGCAAUUAUUCUCUUCUUAUCCACAAGCGAGUUCACACUGGAGAAAAACCUUAUGAAUGUGGUGAAUGUGGAAAGUCUUUUAGGGUUAGUAGCCUGCUCCUUAUCCACAAGAGAGUUCACACUGGAGAAAAACCUUAUGAAUGUAGUGAAUGCGGAAAGUCUUUUAGGCAAAAUAGUCACCUCUUUAUCCACAAGAGAGUUCACACUGGAGAA